CUCCGCCGACAGUCAAUAGCUACGCGAAAGCAAAAUGAUUUCUUCAAUGAGAGCUGUUGCGGGUGGGCGACACAUUUUAGCUCCAACCUCACACUCGCACUCUCCGGCCGGUGGCGCCACCACGGCCGCCUCAACUGCCACCUUCCGCCGCCGCUUCUCUGCCUCAGCUAUCAAAAUGUCGGCUGGGCAAAUCGUCGAGCACGUGGUGCUCUUCAAGGUGAAGCCGGAUGUGGAGCCAUUGAAGAUCAAUGAGAUGGUGGGGAACCUUAACGGCCUCUCUUCUAUGCCUCAGGUGCUCCACCUCACCGCCGGCGCGGUGGUUCAAACAAGAUCCUCAUCCUUCGCCUUCACGCACAUGCUCCAUUCCCGGUACGCCUCCAAAUCCGACCUCGCCGAUUACUCUGCGCACCCCGAUCAUAUGGGCGUGGUUAGGGCUAACGUCCUUCCCAUCUGCGACGACAUCAUGGCCGUCGAUUGGGUCGCGGAUGACCUAAUCGGCCCCGUCAAGGUCCCGCCCGGGUCGGUUUUCAGAGUCACGUUUCUGAAAUUGAAGGAGGAUUUGGGGGAAAAUGAGAAAAACGAAAUCCUGACAGUGACGAAGGGAAUUAAAGAGAAGUUUCCUUCGAUUAAUCAGCUGAGUGUGGGGGAAAACUUCUCUCCGGCGAGGGCGAAAGGGUUUUCGAUUGCUUCGAUUGCGGUUUUUGGUGGGGCCAAAGAACUGGAGGCUUUGGAGUCGCAGUCAGCGGCGGCGAAUGAGCAGAAGGAUAAGGUGAGGCGGUUUCUGGACGGCGUGCUGGUGGUGGAUUACGCCGUUCCGGCUUUGCACGCCGUUAAUCUCUAGGGGUAAAUUUGUCAUAUUCAUUUUCAGUAAAAUGGUUACUCUGCUUCUGUAUUUGCAUAAAGGAGAGUUGAAUUGGCAAAUUGAGGUUGUCUUUUCCCUGACUAAGAAUAAAGUUUAGUUUUUUUUUGUUGGUUCC